AUGAGGACAAACCAGAAUGGGAUAGGUUCUUGGUGGGCAUCGGGUGAUAAUGAUGCAAAUUGGGUAGGUAUUUUGUCAUUUGACAUAACCAAGGAGGUAUUCCUAGCAACUCCGCUGCCAGAUAUUAGCGAUAUAGGGUAUCCCUUUCAUAAAUAUCAACAAUAUUUCUUGUUGAAUGAAUUGGUUGCUUUCUCUAUUUCUUGGAAAGCUAUAGGCGAAGAGGAGUCGCGAAUGUGGUGGGAUAUAUGGUUGUUGAAUGAAUAUGGGGUUACGAAAUCUUGGACAAAGUUGUUCAGGGUUGGCCCUCUUACUGGAGUUAUUCGACCAUUAGAAUAUUGGAGGAAUGACAUCAUAUUCUGGGAAAAAGAUGAUGAACAAUUGGCCUUGUAUGACCCCUCUACCAAAGAGAUGACGAAUCUUCAAAUUGAAGGAGAAAGUCUCUCGUUCCAGGUUAUUACUUACAUGGAAAGCCUAGUUUGCAUAAGUGGAGCAAAUUAG